AUUUCCGACAAUAUCAAUACACAUUCGUAGUUUAUCAAUAAAGUGUGAAGUUCAUGUACGAUAAUGAAAAUAUAUUUAGCUAUAGUUUUGUUGGUCUGUUUCAACUGCGAAUGUAAGAUAUUCACGAGAUGUAAGCUAGCUGUGGAGUUGCUAAAUACCAGGAUUAUAACGAAGACUUUCCUCGGUAACUGGGUCUGCCUUAUUGAGAAAGUCAGUUAUAGAAAUACUAAACUGCUAACAGAGACGCCAAGCAAAAAGAAAUAUUAUGGUUUAUAUCAGAUUCCGCAGAAAUGGUGCAAGGAGAAAAAGCGGGGAGGAGAAUGCAAUAUUGCAUGUGAAUCCUUACUCGAUGACGACAUACGGGAUGACACGGAAUGUGCUUCAAUGAUCGCUGACAGAGAGGGCUUCAAGUACUGGCCCCAGUGGUCGACCCGAUGCAAGAAUGAUGAUUUUAUCACUCAAGAGAUUUACAAAUGUCCUGACCUAAACACUAGGACUAGUCCAGAGAAGACUCCGCCAGAAGCCAUGAAGAUAAGAAGUUAUUUCAACCCUAAGAUAAAUCAUUGGAAUGAUUAUCUUGGACCAUUCCACUAUAAUAAUAGGCCACAGUGGAUUGUAGUAUAAAGUUUUUUGUACAAAAAACAGUGAGAUGUCUGACAAAAAUUUAUCAAUGUACAUACAAAAGACUUUUAAAUAGAUUUUUUAAUUUAUCAAUAAUUAUUUCAAUUAUAUUUUAGUUAUAACAAUAGUGAACCUUUGAGUAUAUAAUA